UUGUCCCAAGUGUUUUAAUGGGGGGAACCAAAGAAUGGAACAAGAAGCAUGUAUUCCUUUACACAUCUCUCAAUUCUGGAAAAACCCAAAACCCCUUUCUCUGUAACAAAAACAUAUCUCUCUUCAUCAUCACCAUCAGACCACCACCAUCACCUGCAAGCAAUUUGCAAUUGCAGAUGUGGAUAGAGAAGAUCAGGAGCGAUCAACACCAUUAGAUUUGUCAUAGAAACCAAUGACAUGCAUUGGCAUUCGUGCCUCGCCAGUCACUCGAACACAACAAACACAAACCACCGUUUCUCUCUCCCAGUGGCAACGGUCACGGGACCAGGUGUCCACUUCUUUGGACACCCCCUUACGUGUCAAUCCCAAAAGUAACUCCCCCCCUUUUUCCCGAGCUCACAGACACCUGUUCUCUCUGUCUCUCUGUCUCUCGACCCUGUGUUACCAUAUUAGCGUUAUUUUCCUGAUUGAAAAGCUUAAAUUUGAUUUUUGGCUGAGGACCCAAAUCGCCAAUUGAGCAAAAACAAACUUUUUUUUUGGGUUCAUUGUAGCUUAAACAGAGAGACCCAAAUCAGUAUUUUAUCAAGAACUUACCUUUGAGGUCGAGUUAGGGUUCUAUCGAUUCUAGAAAGAGAUACCCAUUUGGUUUUUUGGAAUCUUUGAAGGUUUUCUUGGUUUGGGUUUUUGGGUUUUGGGGCGUUUGGUUGGGUGGGUUUGGAAAUGAAUGGGGAUGGGGAAGAAGAACAAACUGCUUUUGAGAUAGCGGUGGUGGUUCCAAGGAGGGCUGGGAAGCAAGGGGAUGAGAGUUAUGAUUGCGUUGAGUUUCUUGUUGAUGUGUUCAGGAAGGCUGGGUUGAUUGUUGACAGAGUUAUUGGUUUUCAGGAAGAAUUUAUCAAGCUGGCAGCACCUCUGGAAACUCUUGGGAGAGCUGCAGCUGAGUUGCAAUUAAAGAAAAGAACUCAUUUUGGAAUGGAUCUACCGUUUGAGUGGGGUGAGGCAGAAGCUUUUGUCAGACAACCUGAUGGUUCAUUGUUCAGUUGGUGCGAGCGUUAUCAUUGCUACCAUCACAUUAUAUAUGGAGUGGUGAACAAGAGCAAGUCGGUUAUAACUUUAAAAUCUGAUGGCAAAGAGUUCCACUGGAAGUCGGGAGAAUCUCUUGUUCGGAAGUUGGAGUUGGAGGGCAUUGUCAAAGAAGUCUUUCCUUUGCAUGAUGAAAUAAAGAGGAAGUGGCUUUUGAGAAAUUGGGCAUUGAACUGGUGGGACGUCACACGACAGCCUCUGGAUGAGAUCUAUUCAUAUUUUGGGACAAAGAUUGCAAUAUAUUUUGCCUUCCUGGGAAUGUAUACGCGGUGGAUAUUUUUUCCAGCUAUUUUUGGGGUUACCCUGCAGUUGGUUGACUUUGGAUCAUGGCAGUUAUUAGUGCUCCCUGUUUUCUUCAUAAGCAUUAUAUCAUGGGCUGUAUUGUUUUUCCAAUUCUGGAAGCGUAAAAACUCUGCCCUCCUAGCUAGGUGGCAAAUUAGUUGUCCGUUUGGAGAAGACCCUGGGUAUAACUUUUUGGAAAUGGAGUGGAGUUCCUUCCAGUCUCCUGUGGAACUCAUAAAGAAAUGGGGCAACGAUAAAACAAAAGAGAAGGAGCUAUUUCAAAGGAAGGAAUGGUUCGGAUGUCUGAUGAGAUUCAGAAAUGAUGCCAUCAUUAUCUUGAGUAUCAUAUGCCUUCAGCUUCCAUUUGAAUUGGCUUAUGCUCAUCUCUACGAGGUUAUUGGGUCCGAUCUUAUGAAGUUUGGGCUGACCGUGGUCUAUCUUUUUGCGAUACAGUAUUUUAACAAAAUUGGGGGCAAGAUAUCAGUCAGACUCAUUAAAUAUGAAAACAAUGAAAGCACAGAAUAUAAGGCUGACAGCUUGAUUUACAAGGUGUUUGGCCUCUAUUUCAUGCAGUCAUAUAUUGGAAUUUUUUACCAUGUGCUUCUUCACCGCAAUUUUGCUACUCUUCGCCAAGUUUUGAUUCAACGUCUAAUUGUGUCCGAGGUGCUCGAAAAUCUGAUGGAAAAUUCUUUACCCUAUAUGAAAUACAGCUACAAAAAGUACAGAGCUAUUCGAAAGAAGAGAAAACGCGAGAAAGGUUUGUCAACAGGGAAGACCCAGUUCAUUUAUAGGGUAGAGAAAGAGUAUCUUAAACCUACUUAUUCUGCAAGUGUUGGCGCGGAACUUGAAGAUGGGCUCUUUGAUGACUUUCUGGAGUUGGCAUUGCAGUUUGGCAUGAUUAUGAUGUUUGCUUGUGCAUUCCCGCCAGCCUUUGUCUUUGCUGCAUUGAACAACAUCACGGAAAUCAGAACUGAUGCGCUAAAGCUGCUUGUCAUGUUCAAAAGGCCCAUUCCCCGUGCUGCAGCAACAAUUGGAGCUUGGCUGAAUAUAUUUCAGUUUCUGAUGGUGAUGUCAAUAUGCACCAACUGUGCGCUUCUAGUAUGCUUAUAUGAUCAGGAAGGGAAAUGGAAAAUUGAACCGGGACUUGCAGCGAUCCUCAUUAUCGAACACGUGCUCUUGUUAAUUAAAUUUGUGUUCUCUCGCCUUGUUCCUGAGGAACCUGCUUGGGUAAGAGCCAACCGGAUGAAGAACGCAACGCAAGCACAGGACAUGUGUUCGAAGCAGCUUUUGAGGACGAUUUCCGGGAAUGAAAAGACAUCUUCUUUAUUAGAAAAGAUCGAUUGACAUGAAAACCCAUCCGGUAGAUUCGAAGAAAUAAGAUUUCCUUUUCAACUUUCUUCUGUCUUCAGCCUUCAGUGAUGGGUCUAU